AUGGAUACAGUAUCGUCUUUGGUCGGUACCCCCCACAAUAACCAUAAUAACCACUGUCAUCUAACCAUCAUGAACAAUAAUCGUAAUAAUCUCCCACCUUUAGGAUCCCCAAAAUAUCACAGUUUACCAUUAAACAUCUUUCAAUCGCCUCCUCAUCGUAAUGCUCGUCAACCUCUCCUUGACCAUCGUUGUUCUGUCGACUCUACAAUCUUCGAACCUUGGAAUCCUCAAGAUUAUCCCUCUCUGAUCCCAACCAUCAACAUCGAUGAGAUAAAUGAUUACAAUGAUUGGUACAGUUUUUUAGAUAAUCAUUUACAAAUUAACAAUAAUAAGCUUGACAAAAUCACCAGGUUCUCUCCAAUCGAAAAUCCCUCCAAUGAUGAGAAUAUUGUCGAUCAAACUACACUAUCAAAUGAUGAAAACCUUUGGUUAAAUCAUAAAAGUAUCCACCAAUGUCCUUCUAUCCCCGCCAAUUUGAUGAUGAUCCCCGAUAAAUUAUCUUAUUCAACAAGAUGGUUCCAAACCAUGGGAAAUACCAAAAAGAAACUUUCCACCAAUUGUCAAUCCCUAAGUGUGAGAUUACAUAAUAAUAAUACCAAUAACAUUGAUACCAACACCAAUGAUAGCAAACCAUCUUCAAAAUUCAAAUCAUUCUUCAAAUCAGGUAAAUUCCAUCGUCAUCACAAAUUCAACUUUAAACGACCAGCUCUUAAUGAAAUCAUCAUUCUUUAA